AGAAGUAGAAUUGUGUGUCAUUCUCAACUCGGAUUGGGUUGGGUCUCAGAAAGUAAACAAACGUGCAGACUGCAGAGAGAAAAGAGAAGAAAGAGUCUGGGCCAUUAGAAUAGUCCUCCCUGCCAAUAUAAUAUACAUUGACCUCUCUGUACUCUUGAGGGUAGCACAUGCUCCUCCUCUUUCUCCUUCCAUUUUUUUUUUCGUUUCUCAACUCGACUCCGUAAAAUAGCAUUUGUUUUUUUUUAAUCUCCUAUCUUUCACAAUUCACAUGCCAUUUCUCUUUCCCAAUGCUCAUUUGAAGUUUAUUUACUCUCUUCUCCCAAAGACGAUAGACGACGACGACUCUCUUCAGAUCUACUCACUGUUCCUUGUCCUUCCAUCAUCUGUUGAUUUUCCGGUGACCGGAACCAUAUAAGGUUUCUUGGUCAGAUCAAGAUUCUGGUUGAUUUAGAGUGUUUUGUUCUUGUAUAAAAGAAACAAUUCUGAUUAAAUGGUCUGCGAAAUGGAGACUGAUCAGAUCGAGGAAAUGGAUGUCGAAGUCUUAUCUUCCAUGUGGCCCGAUGACGUCGGAACCCAAGCAGACAACCAGUUCAACGUCGAGAAACCCGCAGGGGAUUCAGACACCUUGAAAGAAGUAGACAUCGCCGAGAAACGAACCAUGGCUGAUCUAAAACGUUUACCCGAACUCCUGAACACCACUGACCAAGGCUCAUCUCAACUCACCAACCUCGUGAGACAAUGGGAGUAUAUGCAAGACCACGCGGUUAGGCUUCUAAGAGAAGAGCUCAAGAUUCUCACUAGACAAAGAGAAGAAGCCGAGGCCAAGGAGCUUAAGAUCAUAGAGGAGCAUAACUUCGAGACCGAAGAGCCUGAGAAUGUCCCCGUUUUGGAUGAGACCAGCCAUCUUUUCCGCAGGUUUAGGCAGAAGAAACGCGAUGAGCUGGUCGAUAGCAAGAGGGUUGUGAUCGAUGAGGAGUUUGACACGGUUGCGUAUUGGAAACAGAAGGCGUUGAGUUUGGAGAAGAUGCUUGAAGCGAGUACCGAGAGAGAGAGGAGAUUGAUUGAGAAGCUGAAUGAGAGUUUGAAGACUAUGGAGAGUCACUCAGCACCGGUGGAAGAGCUGACUCAGAAUCUUAAAAGAGCUGAAGGUUUCUUGCAUUUCAUACUUCAGAAUGCACCUAUUGUUAUGGGACAUCAGGAUAAGGAUUUGCGCUACUUGUUCAUCUACAACAAGUUCCCUAGUCUGCGUGAACAGGACAUAUUGGGGAAAACAGACGUGGAGAUAUUCCAUGGAGGUGGAGUUAAAGAGUCUGAAGAUUUCAAGAGAGAGGUUCUUGAGAAAGGAAAAGCUUCAAAGAGAGAGAUCACAUUCGAGACAGAGCUAUUCGGAUCAAAGACGUUUUUGAUAUACGUCGAGCCUGUUUACAACAAAGCCCGCGAGAAAAUCGGUAUAAACUACAUGGGGAUGGAAGUAACUGAUCAGGUAAGGAAGAGAGAAAAAAUGGCCAAACUCAGAGAAGACAACGCGGUCAGAAAGGCGAUGGAAUCAGAACUGACCAAGACCAUUCACAUCACAGAGGAGACAAUGAGAGCUAAGCAAAUGCUGGCGACAAUGUCUCACGAGAUAAGAUCACCAUUGUCAGGAGUAGUUGGUAUGGCUGAGAUACUUUCUACUACAAAGCUGGAUAAAGAGCAAAGACAGCUGUUAAAUGUCAUGAUCUCUUCUGGAGAUUUGGUGCUUCAGCUGAUUAACGACAUUCUUGAUCUCUCCAAGGUUGAAUCAGGUGUGAUGAAGUUGGAAGCUACGAAAUUUAGGCCAAGAGAAGUGGUGAAGCAUGUGCUUCAGACAGCUGCUGCAUCGCUGAAGAAAGAUUUGACAUUAGAAGGAAACAUUGCAGAUGAAGUUCCUAUAUUGGUCGUUGGAGAUGUUCUAAGGAUUAGGCAGAUUCUCACUAACUUGAUCAGCAACGCUAUCAAAUUUACACAUCGAGGAAAGGUUGGGAUCAAACUCAAAGUGAUAUCAGAACCAUCCUUUGCUAGUGAUAAAGAACAGAACGAGACUUCGGUUUGGAUUUGCUGUGACGUUUAUGACACUGGAAUUGGAAUCCCAGAGAACGCUCUCCCUUGUUUGUUCAAGAAGUACAUGCAAGCAAGCGCUGAUCAUGCUCGCAAAUACGGUGGAACUGGUCUCGGUCUCGCCAUUUGCAAACAGCUGGUAGAGCUAAUGGGAGGUCAACUCACUGUGACAAGCCAGGUCAACUUAGGUUCAACGUUCACGUUCAUAUUACCUUACAAAGUUGCAACAUCAGAUGAUCAUUCAGAUGAUCAAGAUGAGUUCUCUGACAUGGUUGAUCAUCAUCAACCAGAGCCAGACGACACAACCGAAGGAUACUUUCAGUUUAAAGCGCUUCUAGGAUCUAUCUAUUCCACCGGCAUGGGCAGUAACUUCUUACCUCACAAAGCUAUGCUCACUAGUCCUAUUAAGCUCAUCAACGGUUCUGUCGCCGAUCCUUCUAACAGCAGCGGACAAAGCCAGACGGUUCAGGUUGAAAAUGGUGGUUAUAUGGAUGAAUCUGAGUCGGCUCAUCAAUAUGGCAAUGGGAAUGGUCAUCGAUGUUCUUCCAAGGAAAGUGAAUCUUGUAGCAGUUCACAAGCUAGCUCAGAGAUGGAGUCAGAGCUCACAGUUUCAUCUCCUAGGGAAGAGGAGAAAACUGAGACGGAGGUCAAAGAGACAUCACAGCAGCCAAAGAUUUUGCUUGUGGAAGAUAACAAAAUCAACAUCAUGGUUGCCAAGUCGAUGAUGAAGCAACUAGGCUAUACUAUGGACAUUGCAAAUAAUGGAGUUGAAGCCAUAAACGCUGUUAAAGACACUAGCUACGACUUGGUACUCAUGGAUGUGUGCAUGCCGGUUAUGGAUGGUUUAAAAGCUACAAGACUGAUCCGUUCAUACGAAGAAUCUGGUAACUGGGAUGCUGCAAUAGAAGCCGGAGUAGAUAUAAAGACAUCAGAGAGUGAGCAAGGCUGUGAGCGUUCCACUGACCGGCUGCCUAUAGUCGCUAUGACCGCUAAUACAUUAGCAGAGAGCUCAGAAGAAUGUUAUGCAAAUGGUAUGGACUCUUUUAUUUCUAAACCUGUAACGUUGCAAAAACUUAAAGAGUGUCUACAACAGUAUCUCCAGUGACAUUUUCAGAGUUUGUAUAUAAAAUGUGAUAUAGGAAAAAAGUUUUGGAGAGCUAUACAAAGUAGCUUUGCUCUCUCUUAGAGAUUGUACAGUUAUCAAUAAAAAAAAGAGGUUUGUCUUUCUUUAUUUAUUUGUGGGAAGUUCAUGGGGAGAAAAAACACCCUCUGUGCCUUAGUGUUCAUGGCGAGACAAAACAUACUCAAAACGUGACUUAUCUUGAUUUCUGUUGGCUGUAACGUUGUAUACCAUGAACAUCCACGAUU